AUGCGUAAUUCAAAACUUCCCCUUCUGGUCUAUACGAUGCCCUGUCUGCCAGGCAUCCCUUGCCUCGAGGCUCUCGGCAGCAAAACUGAGUUGAGCCUCAAAGAGGAGAGCAGACAUAUAUGUUUUGCCAAGCAUCUAGCCAGGUACUUUGCCCGGUGUUGGUUAAGUCCACAGCCGGUUGACCCUGAAGCGCAAGCAGACUUCCGCAAGAGAGUCUAUCGCCAACUCAUGAAAAUCAAAACUUCAGCCCCCUCCACACUUUCCUGUACGCAAAUCAUUGACCUAGAAUGCAGCCUUCCAAUUCUCUUCGGCCAGGCCUACCCACAAGUCCUCACACACAAUGACCUUUCUCAAACAAAUGUCUUAAUAAACGAGGAGACUUUUGAGAUCACGGGUAUUGUUGAUUGGUCCUUAGCCGAAGUGCAACCCUUUGGCAUGGAACUAGACUCCCUUCUAUUAGCGACUGGCUAUAUGGAUCUCAACGGCUGGCACAAUUACACAUGCCGAUUGCAAAUGCUUAAUGCUUUUUGGGACGAGUUCUGGGUUCGCUGCCAAAUUCACGACGAUAGAUGCCAGCGAGAGAUCCGUGCCUCUGCGAUGCAGGCCGCCAAAAUCGGCGCAGUGUUGCACUACGCAUUCCAACGUAACGCCAAUGGCUCCCCGUCUGAGGAGCUGACGACUUCUAAAUGGGCCUUGAAAACUCUGAGUGCUUUGCUUAUGGGCUAG